CUAAUGAUGGGUACUGUGGUCGUUGUUACUGCAAUGAUCAAUCGAUGCCAAUACUUCCAGGUACAUGUUCAAGCUGCUAUGAGUCACGGUGUCUGUUGGUCACCGCUACAGUCACCUUUAUCGUACAUGACAUCGAAAGCCAUCAAGGACUUUUACAUUGCACACCAUCCGGCCUUCAAAGCUACUAUGUAUAUAUCCCCAUGUUCUAGGCUUUCCCGUACAUUCCUUUAUAAGGUUAAACCCGUACAGAUAACACGGCCCCCAGCUCGUCUAGCCUCCAAUCCAGCCAACCAAAUCUCUGAAACUCGGAGUUUGACGUCUAACCGACAAGGAGCCCAAUCAUUAUCCCCAUUCGUUUAGUCCACGCCCACCAGUAGCAUCACCCGAAAAUCAAUAGAAUUAGUGGUUACAACGUCUAUCGCGCGUUUCCUUAUUUGAUAUUUCAACCGGACCAAAUUCUCAAACACUUUCUGUUCGUCCUGUUGCUAGCCUUCUAGACCUCCCGCCCCCUGUGGUCGCACAUUCCCCGAUAAAGUUUUAGUUUGGUGUUGUGCCCAUGCCGGAUCCGAAACCCCAAAACAAAAAGGACAAACUCUAUCUCGCGUUGCGGGUUGUGCUCCGCAGGAUAGGCUGUUCCAUGAAGAUUCUAAAGCAGGUUGUGUGUUGGUGAUUUGAUCAAUGCCAC